GGCCAUUACAGUUUGAACGAACUGCAAUAAAAUGGAUAAUAAAUCUGCUUACAGCUUGACGAUAUUUCAACGCAAAUAAAUAUUUGAUAAUUCAAUUGAAAUUCAGUUGUGAAGGACUCAAAAAUCGUGAAAGCAAAUCCGUAAUCGUCCGUAUCAUGUGUUGAUUAAAUGUGAAAACAAUAUUUGUAUGAUUGACGGAAAAUGUUUGACGAGUUAACAAUUGCGAUUGCAGAUGAACUCGAUACAGUGAAAUCGCAUAAUAAAUUGCAUUUUUGUUUGAUUAAAAAGACCCAACAGAUCAACUAUGGCUGAUCGAGAUAUACCUAGCGUUCCUAUAACAACACUGGCUGGUUUAACUAGUUUAUCUGACCUUCUAAGCGAGCUUCCAAUAUCUGAAUCAUCGGCGAAUGCCCUGUUAAAUAAAUCAUUACUGUUCCAUCCACGGGUUGCUCAGGAAGCAAACAAUUUAUUGUCGGUGAAAGAUGAUAAUUUAACACGGCAACUUGUCCAUGCCAUCGAACAAACGAACUCAGAUCAUAUUGAACUGAAAAGCCAAUAUGCCGAACAACAAACUUCCGGCACAAACAUAAACGAGUUACCACAGUUGUUGCAAGCAAUCCAUACCCAUAAACCCACUGUAUUUAAAUCAGGGGGACCGCAGUAUCAACAGAGAGUGGCCCGAUCGGCUCAGCCACAACCGAACCAAGUUCAACAACAUUCUUACCAGGCGAAUGCAAUUCAACAAAAUUCAUUUUAUGGGUCGGACAUUAAUCAGCAAAGUCAAAUAUGGAAUCCACAAUGUCCUUCUCAAGCGUCGACGUCAUCGUUUCAUCAUCAAUCGCCGGUUAUCGUUCAACAGACGCAACCGGGAAGCGUACGACUGAACCAGCAGCAGCAGCAACAACAGCCGAUUGUACCUCAGCAAACUAGUUCAAUGCCAAUGCCUAUGGUUGACGUGAACAAUGUGGUUGUGAAACAGGAAUAUCCUUCCACAAUCCCACCGAUACAAUCGAAUGCGAUGCAACACUUACCGUCGGCUCUACCACAUCAACUGAUGCAGAAUGCUGGCGUCCAACCGGAAAUGACACAGAUGCGAAGUCUUCGCAGUUCUAAUUCGGUUCAAUCCAGCGAUAAUCCACAGAUUUCCGUUCAAACAGCUUUCCAUUCGAAUCCGACACCAGUUAACCAGUUCCCCGUGCAACAACAACAGAGUGCCGCUUUAAAUGUUCAACAUGCUAUGAGUCCAUCGAAUACGACAAUACAAUCGAACACUGUUUUCCAUCAACAGCAGCUGCUGCAACCAUUUCCACAACAACGAAUUGUUGUGCAACCGAACAGUGUACCUGCAAAUAAUCAAUCAAAUACAACAAGCCAAGCGCCGAUAUCAAAUUUAGUCAAUCACGUGGAAAACCAUGUAUUAGGCGGCAAUGCUCGUGAAAAUAAUGCCCAGCCACCGAAAAUGGUUCCUCGUAACAAUGAGUAUCUGGAGCGUCAAAGUAAGAUCUCCGACAUUCGUGGAGGACCGUCACCUGCCCAGGCGAGCGACGCACCUGAAUCGAAUCAACUUCAUACACCCUUCCGUCAGCAUCAAUUGUCGAACAUGCCAGCUUCAAUCAAGCAGCCCAUUGUUCACACCCAAACCGUCAAUAAUCUGCAAACAACAUCCGAAUCGCAUUCAGCUCCAUCGAACAACAAUUUGCCAUUGAAUGCGGAACCAAUCAUUCGGCGAGUGACUGUGAACGCACACAAAUUGAGAGAAAUGGAUAUCGAUGCGAUGACGGACAGCAUCAAGGAUUUUAAGUUCCAUUUACCCGACAGGGCUGUCAAGCUGGGCAUCGUACGGAAUAGUGGCGAUAUGUUCACGAAAAUGAAGGCGACGGAGGUUAAGACAAUGAAACGACGGUUACCCGAUAGGGCGGAUGACAUCGUCCAAUUUUCGCAGCCCAAAGUGCGUCGCGUUGAAAAAAUCGUGCAAACCAACAAAUCCACCAAGGAAGAUGUUAUGAAGUCACAGGUCUACUUGCAGUUUGUGCGGAACAUGGACAAUGAAUUGCGUCGAUUCGAGGAAAUGGAACAACCCAGCACAAUCGACGACAUUGACUACUACAGUGACUGCAUCUCAUCGAAAAUGCUAACGCAUUUGACGAAUGACGUAGCUAAGCUUAAAGCCAAGGGUGCUAUCGAUUUCCUACCGAAGAAUGAACUCACAUUGCUGAUCAAUUUCGCCAUGCGAAACAUUGAUGUAGCACGGAAUCUAUCAGCCGGACCGGACAUGGACGAAGAUAGUGACGAAUUGAUUGAGAAAAUUCUGGACGCAACCGAAGCAUGUCUGUUCAUCAGCAACAUUUAUGCAACGGCCGUCGACGUUAAAUUUCUGUUGGAAGACAACAUGGACAAAAUAGUCAAAUUUGUGCAAUUUCAAAUGAGAGAAACCAUAUUCCCGUCGUACGAUCCCGUAUUCAGUGUGAAAUCGAUGAAAAAGGACAAUCGGAAGAAGAAAAGUGUCGGCAUCAGUCGCAAAGUUCAGUUGCUGUUCAACAAACUGGUGGAAUUGACAAAGAUUUUUGUGGCUCUGUUCGAUAAAUGUCAGUUCGUCGAUACCAUUGUUCUGGCGGUGUCUUCGCUGGCAGUUGAACCGUUUUUCGUCGAUAACAUUGAAACGCUGCAAUUUGCCUGUUUGGAAUUGGUUACGACGAUUUUCCGCAAAGAGACAUACAUCAAGUACCGCAGUAGCAUUUUGAAUGACAUUUUGUCGUCCGUUGAUCGGCUGCCAUGUUCAAAGAAAAAUCUACGACCGUACAAACUGAUGCACAAUGGCGGUAGUAUACAAAUGGUUACGGCAUUGGUGCUGCAAUUGGUCCAGUGUUCGUCAGUUCUACCAAAAAGUUGGCACGAAGGCAAAUCGAAUCGAAAACGCAAACUGGAAGUGGACGAUCCGGUGAACAAAGACCUACUGAUAAUGGACAAAUACGAUCAGGCCGUCAACAUCGGUGGCAACUUCCUGACCACAUUUUUAAACAAAUGUCGCACACGCUCAGGAGAAUCGGAUUUCCGUCCAUUGUUCGAAAAUUUCAUUCACGAUUUGUUGACCACCGUCAACAAGCCAGAAUGGCCGGCAUCCGAGCUCCUUUUGUAUUUGCUGUCCAGGUUGCUGGUGAAGUACAUGUCGGAUAAAAAUUCGGACCAAGCGAUUCGGGUCGUUUCUCUGGAGUAUUUGGGUCUGGUGGCGGCUCGUUUGCGUAAAGACACAGUCGAGUCCCGGUGCAAGGUGAACACAAUGGAUGCGCUCAUUAAAAGUAUUAAAUUGGAACAAGAGAAAGAGGGUGACACGAACGAUAAUGAUAGCAAUAUCAUUGUGGAUCCGGAUGAGGAACGAAGCGAAUUUCUGCAAAUCAUUCUCUUAGAUUUUCUGGCUGUGAACGCUGAAGAAGACAACUUAAUUUAUGAUUACGCAAGACAUUUCUAUCUCGUGCAAUGGUAUAAGGAUGUCAUCGAUCGGAAAAAGAAAGUUGCUGAAGGCGAUACCGGCUAUGCGUCACGCAAAGUAAAAACGAAGAAGCAGCGACGCAUCCGUAGCGAUUCAGACGAUUCGAAUUCGGACGAUGACCUUGACGGAGACGAUGUGAAAAUUGUCAAAUCAAAAACCACCGACCAGGAAUUGAAUCGGGAAAUUUUCAAUAAAUUGGAGCAACGCAAAGCGUAUUUUAUGUCGAAGGUAUCGCCGAGUGCCGGCGGUGUGACGGCUGACAUCAAAACCUAUAUCGAUUACAGCAAUGCGCAUUUGAUAACGCAAUAUCUGGCGAGUAAAAAAGCGUUCAUGCAAAGUUUCCAGCAAUUUUUGAACAAGAUUCUUAUGGUCAUUGUCGACACAUCGAUUGCCAUUCGAACGAAAGCGAUCAAAUGUUUGGCGAAUAUUGUGGAGGUCGAUCCGUCGAUUUUGCAGGACAAGAUACUGCAUAUGGGUGUCGGGCAAAAAUUGCUGGAUCCGUCCAUAUCGGUACGAGAAGCAGCGGUUGAUUUAGUUGGAAAAUAUGUGUUAAGUAGUUCCGAUCUCAUCGACCAGUAUUACGAUAUGUUGGCCGAACGCAUUCUGGAUACCGGCGUUUCCGUACGAAAGCGCGUGAUUCGAAUUAUGCGCGACAUUUGCAUCGAGUAUCCGGAUUUCGAUAAAAUUCCGGAAAUAUGCGUUAAGAUGAUCCGACGCGUCAAUGACGAAGAGAUGAUACAGAAACUAGUUACCGACGUCUUCAUGCGAAUGUGGUUCAUGCCCUGUCCGGAUAACGACAAGCCAUCGAUAGAACGGAAAAUUAAUCAAAUUCUUGAGGUGGUCAGUCUAGCACAUGAUACCGGAACACACUGGCUGGAUGGAUUACUUCGACAGAUCUUCGAACCAAAGGAAGACAAAGAGGCUACAAAUCAACCGAAGAAGGAUCCUCCGCCCGAAGUUAUAAAAGCGUGUCAACAACUGGCCGAUGGUUUGGUCAACGAAACGAUUCGCUUGGACGGAUUGGACAAUAUCGAGAAACUGUUAAGUUGCGUCACAACCAUCAGCCUGCUGGCCAAAGUGCGUCCCGCUUUGCUCGUAAAACACGCAAUCACACUGGAGCCGUAUCUGAAUCUCAGAUCGAACGAUCCGCAGAUGAGCAAAUUUAUUGCGUCGAUAGCGGAUAUACUGGAAUCGGUGGUACCGUUAAUGGAGCAUCCUAGCGAAAGUUUUCUCGCUGAUCUCGAAUCACACUUGAUGUAUCGCGUUGUUUACCAUAACCAGGUGGUCGUCAACAGUAGUCUGUCGUGUUUGGGAUCAGUUGUCAAUAAGAUAUCGAAAAACUACAAACUAAUCCGUGACUGUUACGUUGGAUACUGUAAACCGGUGCGGGAAAUUCGGAAAAGACUUGCCUCCGAUCCGAACACACCGUUGGACGAGAUAUUUACCUUCAGUUUCCGACGGGCCCUAUUCACCACAGGGCUGAUAUUUCGAUAUUUCGAUUUUAAAUCACCUGAAGUGUAUGGCGAUGGUCUGGGAACCCAAUCAGAACUACCUCCAACCAUUUGCAAUGAUGUGUUCGAACAAUUGUUUUUCUUCUCAUCACUGCAGCACAACGGUGUCCGUCGCGAAAGUUUAGUUGCGUUGGGACAUUUUUGUGUAAAAAAUUCGGAAUAUCUUGUCGAUCAACGACUGCGAAGCUAUUACUGUGAAAUUCUUCGAUCCGACAACUAUCCCAACGAAAUUAAAGUGACCGUGCUGCGUAACAUCAUCAAUUACUUGACGGAUGCCGAUGCGGCUAUGUCAUCAAGAGAUAAGGACUGGAAGACACAGUCAGCUUUAGAGAACUUAUGUGAUAUGAACGAUCGUGAGUCCGGCAUGUCCAGUCGAAUCAUACAAUUGUAUUUGACGGAUGUGUCCAAGUGUCUACUGCAUAUCAAUGUAUCGGUGCGAAUGUGGUCGAUGAAAUUGGUCGAAGCCGUGUUACGGCAAGGUUUGAUUCAUCCGAAUCCAGUUGUUCCUUAUCUGAUGGCCUUGGCAACUGACAUCCAUGUGGAGACAGCACAUCGGGCUGAGAGUCAUUUGAAUGAAAUAUCAAAGAAACACUUACAGUGCAUCCAUCCAAACGCACAGUUUGGCGUUGAACGAUCGUACCAGUUACAGCAAAUUUUACAGCAAGCUGCCGGCAAGAAAUUGGUCCGCGGAUACAGCAUUAAACCGAAAGACGAUCUGCCGACAUCAGUAAAUGGAUUUUUGUACAGUCUCAUUCGUGUAACGAAACCGAACCGACGGUCGUUCGUCAGCACAAUCAUAAAAAAGCAAUUCGAAGAGAGUUUGGAGCUGGAGAAAAUGCUUUUCAUGGCCGACAAUCUGGCCUAUUUUCCGUUUUCCGUUCAAGACGAACCGUUGUACAUUAUCUAUCACAUAGAUCAGCUGAUCGCUGGCCUCGGUAACAACGUGCUGGAUGCAUUUAGAGAUAAUUUGUUGCCGGCAGCACAAUUCGAUGAGCAAGGAAAUCCCAUUUCCAAAGAAGACAUGGAGGAUUAUGAAACAAAAGAAAUUUUGUUGCAACGUCUACCAGAAGAUACAACCGAAUUACAGAAAAGUAUUAUUUCGUCGCAGGCCUGCAUACUGCUGUUACUGCUGAAGCAACACUUCAAAACAAUGUAUCGCAUUAAUGACUUGAAAAUUUCGCAAUAUUUGCCCUCCGAAUUGGCUAAAGUUUACGAAAAAGCUGUGCAUCGACAAACUGGUCCUGCAUUCAAUCCGAAAAUAUUCAUCGAUUUUAUUCUGGAAGAUAAAGAUGUCGGUCGUACGCUGAGCGACAAUGAGAAGAACCAACUGAUCGAUCGCUAUUUAGAAUUCAAAGAAAUGAUGGAUCAAAUCGAAAAAGAGGAAACGUACAGUGAUUCAGACACAGCAGUCACACCGAAGAAAACGCCCAUAAAGAAUGUGGAAGCCGCUGUGCCGGUACAAAUUGACUUCGAGGCUGAACUGAAUAAUGUAAAUAAUAUCAUCCUAACGAAUAACUCUAAUGUGCUUCCUAACAAAACAAUAUCACAAACGAGCUAUCGAUAUCCAUCAACGCCCGCAUCGACAACCCCAUCUAAGACGCAAUCGUCGCGAAUGAACAAAACACCACGUAAGACCCAGUCGUCGCGCGUAAAACGAAAGAAGAAGAAAGUCAUAUCAUCGUCCGAGGAGGAUGAUUACAGUGAUGACGAUUACUACGCGUAAACGGCUAGAAAUAAACAAAAACCAAUUUCUCCGCUUAACAUUUAAGUGAAUUAUUUCGGAUUAUUAUUUUUUUUUUUUCAUUUCGUAAUGCAAAACGUUGAAGUGAAAUUAAAAUUGAAAAAAGGAAAACAAAAAGAAAAAAAUUGAAAAAAGAAAAAUCAUUUGCAGUAAUGGGCAAUUUCCAAGCGUCAACUGAAUUUCAAAUAUUUCUUUUGUUAGUCAACUUUAUUUGUAUAUUUUUGAGCGAAUCUAUCUCAGUACCCUCAUAUUUAUUGUAAAUAUUUUUUUACCCAUUUUUUUCGCUGAAAUACUUGAAGAUCGGUGAGAGUUGAAUUAUUUUCGACGCAUUGUAGAGUGUGUUCGUUAUUGACAACAAAAACAGACAAAAAUUUAUUAGAUUUUCGGAAAUUAUACUUUGAAUUUAAUAAUUUAUUUUUUUCGAAUUGUGUGAACAGGAAACGAGAAAAACAAAUUUUUUUGAAAAAAACAACUGUGUUGUUGAGAGACUUAACUGGUUUUUUGUCCAAAUAAAAUAAUUUUUUUUUUGUUCAAUUUAUAAUGACGCAAUAACAAAACCAGCUAAAACGAAAAAUAAUUUUUGUGUGGUGCCAGUCAAACAGAGAUUAUGUAAGUCGAGUUAUGUGAGAGAAACCAGCAAAGACUUCUUCGAGACAAAAAAAAUAAACAAACUUUUCAUUGUAUUACUUUAUUACUUAACGCAUCGUUACAAUUUUUUGUGAAACAAAAUCAAAACCCAUCAGCCAACACAAUUUAUAUUCAAUUCUUCAAUUUAGCGGCAGUUUCAUCGUGUACAUAAAAAACAAACAAAAUCAAUGAAAUAAUUUAAAUUAAACAAAACAAAAAAAAAAUUAAAUAGAAGUAAAACAUUGUGUAUAUUGUAAAAUAAUAACGGUUCAAGUCUAGGAAAGUGAGUGGAUAUUUCUUUUCCGAUAAAAAUAAUAAUUUUAAUGACCGGGUCAUUUUAAAAUUAAGAAAAAGAUAAUUAAAUUGAAGGAA